AUGCCACCAAAGCUGGACCCCAACGAGAUCAAGAUCAUCUACCUCCGUGCCACCGGAGGAGAGGUCGGAGCUUCCUCCGCUCUUGCCCCCAAGAUCGGUCCUCUCGGUCUUUCGCCCAAGAAGGUCGGUGAAGAUAUCGCCAAGGCCACCCAGGACUGGAAGGGUCUCCGUGUCACUGUUCAGUUGACCAUCCAGAACCGUCAGGCUGCCGUCUCGGUCGUCCCCUCGGCUUCGUCCCUUGUCAUCAAGGCCCUUAAGGAGGCCCCCCGUGACCGCAAGAAGGAGAAGAACAUCAAGCACAACGGCAACAUCUCCCUCGAUGAUGUUAUCGAGAUUGCCCGCAUCAUGCGCCACAAGUCCUUGGCCCGUGAGCUCUCCGGAACCGUCAAGGAGAUCCUCGGAACUGCCUUCUCGGUCGGAUGCACCGUUGAUGGUCAGAACCCCAAGGACCUCGGUGACUCCAUCGAUGCCGGUGAGGUCGAGAUCCCUCGGCUCCUCCAGACCUUGACCAACGGUCUCUCCCAUGAACAAACACACAGCUUCGCCUUUUUCCCGACCGGCGCCCUCAGGAACCUAUUCUCGAUCAGCAAUGUAACGCGACGAUUCUACACCCCAUCCUUCACAACAUCGCAACUUCAACACAUCUCCACAGGCGACAGCAGCAGCAACGCCAGCCUCACCCAGAACGACUCUGCAAGGUUGGAGGAUAUCGAGAAGCGCAUCAGACCAUCAAGGCCUACCCGCGGACAUUACCACCUGUUGAGUCUGAAGCGCCCCCGAUGGACAGACGAGGAAAAGGAUAUGCUGCUGAAGUUUGUCCGCCAAGGAUACUCUUCCUACGACGUCCACACCCAUUUCCCCCUCCGAUCGAUCUGCUCUCUCGACACUCGAAUCGCACAACUUCGCACGGAGGAACAGAAGAAGGGUACCAUCGUCAAGAAGCCACGGCUCAGCACUCAAAAGUCGGCAUGGGGCAUCAAGGAGGAUGAGUGGUUGUUAAAGCGACUGGAGGAAUAUGGAUUCAAGAACCACGAAGAGAUUGAUGUGUCCUGGCCCGAGAUUGCGAAUGGGACUGUGAAUGGCAAGAAGUUGGGACGGACUGCGACGUCGUGCAAGAGGCGGUGGGCUAUCAUCGAUCCUUCAAGUGAGAGGCUGCACGGAGUUUGGUCCAAGGAGGAGCUCGGGAGACUGGAGAAGGCCGUUCGAUCUCAAUUGCCAGAUCUAGCGAGCGUGGCUGCAGAGACGAAAGCCGAUUCGACCGUGGCACUCAACAAGCUCGGACUGCCCCUCCAUGGGGACGAUAUGAUGACGAUGGACUGGGACGAGGUAUCAAAGGUUGUUGUGACACGAUCUGGAGUGCAGUGUCGGAGUCACGCGUACAAGACCUUGGCGAGCGGCGUGGAGGGCAAAUGGAACGAGUUUGAAACCGAGCGACUUGUGAAGGGCGUUGAUGACUACGGCCAUGACUGGCACAGGGUCGCGGCAGUUAUUGGAACCCGGUCGGCUUUCCAGACCCGGCAAAAGUACUUUCUUAUGGUGGCCAAGAGCAAGGCUAAGCAGGAGGAGCAACAGAAGCAGUAG